GCUGCUGCGUAUGACGUCAGCAGUGGACAGUCCGUGCCAUAAUGGCGGCGGAGCGGGGCGGCGGUCCCGGUUCUUCUCCUCCCGGCUCGUCGGGGCCUGCGGCGGCGGAACAUUCGGUACUGGUGGUGGUUGGAGCGCUGCGGCCUGCCGGUCUGCUGGAGCGGCUGCUGCGGCAGGUAGACUCAGGUGUGCGCUGUUGGCCCGUAGAUCUGGAUGUUUCGGUUCUGGAUCAGCAGCUGAAGCUCUUUGUGUCCAGACACUCAGCUUUCCUCUCAGAAGACGUUCCAGGUCAACGUACUCUGCAGCACAGCGGAGAUGUUCUGGACACUCAAGUUCUGGUGAAUCCAGCCCAGGACUUGGUCUGUUCAGAGGUUCGGCGUCUGAUCUGCAACUCGUCUCGACACAAACUGCUGGUUCUGGCGGGUCAGUGUUUGGAGAACUGUGGAGACAUCGUGCUACAGAAAGGCUGUUUCUCCCUCAGAGACCUGGUCCAUAUCUUCUCUGAUGAGGAGGUUGCAGAACGGCUGAGCUCUUCUGACCCGUUGCUGAAGGCCAACCUCACCCUCAGCUGUCCAGACUUCGGUCUUUGGAAGGACUCAGUGCUGCAGAACCACAACUUGCACGACUUGAUGAACAUCCGGAUCAACCCACCCGUGGUUCUGCCAGAGAUGGAGGGUUUGCAGGAGUUUACCGAGUACCUGUCCGAGGCUCUGGAGCCCGAGUCGCCCUUCGACCUGCUGGAGCCACCCAGCACCGUGGGCUUCCUGAAGCUGUCCCGGCCCUGCUGCUACAUCUUCCCCGGUGGGAGGGGAGACUCCGCCUUCUUCGCCGUUAACGGUUUUAACGUGCUGGUGAACGGCGGCUCCGAUCCGCGCUCCUGCUUCUGGAAACUGGUCCGACACCUGGACAGGAUCGACUCGGUGCUCCUGACCCACAUCGGCGUAGACAACCUGCCGGGCCUGAACAGUCUGCUGUUGAGGAAAGUGGCCGAGCAGGACGAGGACUCGGCCGGAUCUCAGGCUGAUGAGGACUGGAUGAAGAACUUGAUCUCCCCUGAGAUCGGCGUUGUUUUCCUGAACGUUCCCGACAGACUGAAGUCCGUCCAGGGAGAUCCCAGCGAGCUCCGGAGCUGUGACUUGGCGGCACUGACUCUGCAACACUUACAGCAGCUGGAGAUCAAGCCUGAAGUUCUGAGCCGGCCCAGUGGACCCUCUAUAGAACCAGUGAUUCUGUUCCAGAAGAUGGGAGUUGGUCGUCUGGAGCUGUACACGCUAAACCCAGUCAGCGGCAGUAAAGAACUUGAAGCUUUAAUGCAGAUUUGGCCAAAGGACGGAUCUAACGUAAAGGACUCGGAUCUUCCACUGCCAUGCCUUGUUUCCAUUUGUGCUUUGCUGGUCUGGCAUCCAUCCAGCCCUCAGGAGAAAAUCAUUCGUGUCCUGUUUCCGGGCUGCACGCCACAGACCAAAAUUCUGGAUGGACUUGAAAAACUGAAACAUCUAGAGUUUCUCAAACAUCAAUCAGUGUGUUUGAAAGAUCUAGAAACAUCCAAAACUGAGAAGCAGCCAAAACGAGCAGACAGUCGGGAAAGCCUUAAGUCCCAGUCGAAGGACUUCAGACCCAGCAGUGCCUUGACGAAAGACAAACUUGGCCGAGUAGAUGUCAAAAAACAAGAGACGAAAACAAAGCCAAAAGCAGCUGGUGACGCUACACCUAAAGAGAGAAAGGAUGCAGAAGAAAAGCCCAAAAUUAAGGAAGCAGAUGCUAAAUUAAAGCCAGGAAAACCUGCGGAAAAAUUCAUUCCAAAGAAAGAUGAGAAGAAGGAGGUCAAGAAGAAGGACGAGAAGACUCCUGCUGCUGCUAUGAAGAAAGAUGAGAGUGCAGAGAAGAAGAAAGAAGCUGCAAAGAAAGAAAUCGCAAGUAUUAAACCAAAGAAAGACCUUAAACCUGAACCAAAAAAAGAUAGUAAGAAGGAUGUAAAAGCAGAGGAGAAGAAAGUGACAAAGCCAGCGGUUAAAGAUGUGAAGAAAGCAGCAGGUGGGGCUUCCAGUGCAGCAUUAACAGCAAGUACAGAUCUGAGGAAAGCUGCAGGUAAAGGUGGGACACUGAAGAAAGAUGGGACGCUUCCAAAGAAAGACACUCUGAACAAAGGGACCAAAGGUAAGCCAGCGUCAAAGGAGCAGGAGAGCCAGAAGGAGACAGAUCGGUCUAAGGUGUCGACACCGGAGGAUAUGACGGCUGAAUUUGAAAGGCUUCGAUUGGAAGAUGACAACGGGAACAAUCAGAACACAAAGGCUGAUGAAGCAAAGACCAAUGCUAACCAGACCCUGACAACAGAGAGUCCAGAGAAGUUCCGCUGUAUGGAGACGGACCAGGACAGGGUCACCAAAACACCAAAAGGCGAUCUCAGUGUCAACUUUAAUCUCACACCGACUGCGUACCAACCAGUGGAGGGAUUCCUGAAGAAGGAGCUGGAUGCCUGCAUGAACUCUGAGGAGAAAACUCUGGAGCUGGUCUCUCCUGCUGAUUCUGCCCCGAACAGCGCCGGACACACCCCUUUCCAUCAGUCCCUUGCGGAGGACAUUCGGGGUUUGGGUGAGGACAGCGGCCUGGAGGCCAGAGGCUCCAGUCUGGUCGAGGAAUACAACCAGGGAGGUUCUUGCCGUACGUCAGACCUCAGCUCCCUCAGAGAAGGUCUGGAAAACUCCACAUCCUCUCAGGACAGGCAGUCCAGCCUGCUGACCCUCAGUCCUUUCAAGGACAUCUUGCCGGACUCCUCCCCCACCAUGACCUCUCUGCCAGCGGAGGUCGGCUCCCCACACUCCACAGAAGUCGAUGAAUCGCUGUCAGUUUCUUCAGAACAAGUACUGCCUCCUGCAGCAGCGUCGCCCAAAGUCUACUCCAACGGACAUGUCAGUGACUCCGACACUGGGAUGGUCCUACCUCUGAGGUCAACCCAUAACGGACGCUGUGGACCGGAGGGCCACAUCCACGGCAUGUCAGAGCUCAUCUCAGACGCCCCUCAUGAUGUGGACUUGUGUCUGGUGUCCCCCUGUGAGUUCCAACACACCCGGACCCCUGAGACCCACCAGCAGCAGGUGAGUCCUGGUCUGGCCGCUGCCACCUCACCAGACCUCUUUGACAACAAUAACUGCUCCCGGGAUCAGAGCAGCAGCGACGGUCCUUCAGUCUACAGCCAGGAGACUCCGCCUACAUCGGUGAGCGAGUCUCUGCCAACGGCCACCGACUCGGAUGUUCCCCCCGGCACCGAAGACUGUCCCUCCAUCACUGCAGACUCCGACUCUGAUGAUGACUCCAGCAGCCUCUUCCCUCCCAGUUAUCCCCCAGAUUAUCCCAGUCCCCACUUAACCCACAGAGUGGGGCAGCUCCACGACCCGCCACCUGCCCCGGUCAAAGAUCUGCCCCCGUUACCCCCCCAGCGUGGCGCCUGCAUGGCCGAUACAGAGUCCAACAGAAACCUGAAGACUUCAGCUGCCAGGACCAAGAAAUCUGCAGGUACGAAGGCAACCGGAGCAGCUGCAGCCCAGAACGGGAAGUCGAAGGCCGGCAGCUCCACUGGUUCCCUGAAGACGGCGUCCAGCCUGGAAACCAAGCCGUCCUCACGAAGUUCACUGGGGGGAUCUAGAAUAGGAGCAGCCAAACCACCGUCUUCAGGUUCCAGAGCUGCAGGUUCUGAGGGCUCUGCAGUCUUCGUGGACUUGGCCUACCUUCCAUCCGGCAGUGCCGCCUCCACUGUGGACCCAGACUUGUUCCGACGUCUUCGCUCAUCAUACUACAUCGUGAGCGGCGACGAUCCGGUGAAGGAGGAGUCAAUGAGGAGCAUCCUGGACGCUCUGCUGGACGGGAAGAGCAGCUGGCCAGACGUCCAGGUGACUCUUAUCCCCACAUUCGAUUCGCUGGCGAUGCACGAGUGGUACCAGGAGACCCACGACCGGCAGAGGGAGCUGCUGGUCACCGUGUUGGGCAGCAACAGCACCGUCGCCAUGCAGGACGAGACCUUUCCCGCCUGCAAGGUGGAGUUCUAAAGGCGAAGCCCCGCCCAUCCUCUGACCUCAGAGCAGGUGGACGAGCGGCAGCAACUCAUUACAUCAGAUCAGCCCACAGAAAAGGCCCCGCCCCUUCGGCUGAUGUGUCAAUGAGCAUGCUCAGAUAGAAACGGUUCACUCUAAAUUUUCUCACCUGUGUGAUGUCAGUGUUUGCUGCUCACUUGUUCUCACCUGCUGGAUCAGCACCUUUAGCUCACUGCAGAGCUAGCGUUAGCACCAACAUUUCAUCAGUGUGAACUUUUGUUUUAUUCCACGAGCGAAAGGCAGCGGACCAAAACACAAUGUAGUUAACGUCCAAACAUUUCUGAUCAGCACAGAUGUAAACCAAUCAACAGUAUUGAUCUGCAUGGUUCUAAUGAAAGUGUUUAGCUAGCAGGAGGGGACAGCUGUGUCAUGUUAGCAUUAAUUAGCUGUAGUUAGCCUGACAGCUAACGUUAGCUCAGUUUGUUUUAGAUCCGAUGAUACAUUCAUCCGCUGAAUUCUCCAGAUUGAGUCAAAAUCGGAUUUUACAUGAAAGUAACUCAGAUUAUCAUAUCAAGACAUCUAAUUACCAGGUUUUUAUUUCUAAUUACAGUGUUUAUCUUAAAAUCUGUGAUUUUUAUCAGAUGUCUUUAUUGUUCCUGAGGUCUUAAUCUCAACGUCACGCCAUCGGAGUCAUCUGAGACUGUUGAAGCAGAAACAUGAACCACAGUUCAGAUGUUUGAACGUUCUCAGGACGUUUCAGUAGAACUUUGUAGGAACAUAUCAUGGAGCCAACCAGGAGGAUGCUGAAGGAGGUGCAAUUGUUGAAAAGGACUUAAAAUUUGACCAAAAUGACAAAAAAAAAUUGUCCAAAAUGACUUUAACCUCGUCCAAGUCAAACAUUUCUCAGUCUGUCUAAAAUAGCUCAAAAUGUUUGUCCCAACUAAACUGAUGACCUCCCCUGGUCCGAUGACCUCACCUGGUCCGAUGACUCAGUGGUCUCGUAUUGUUUGACGAUCACAGAACUUUAGAACUUCAUCUGCCAUGAGAAUCUUUCAGCAUCAGUUAUUCUGCUUGGUUUUCUGGUUAUUGUCUUUAUAAAAUGUUGAUCUUACAGAUGUUUAGGUAUAAGAUAACGGUUCAAACAGACCUCAGAACUGUGUGAUUUUAAUAUAAAACCUCAGUUCCAGUAAAGAUCUAGUGAUGAGGAGCUUUAAGGGAUGAAGAGUGAUGGUUUAUGCUGUUUUCUAUCGGAUUCAUUCUGAACUGCCCUCUGAGGUGUUUCUGUUUUCAUCUUCAAUCAUUUCAAUCAUUGGCUGCUCUGAUUUAAAACACGUUUUGUCUCAUAAUGAUGACCCUCAGAGUCGUGAUUGAAGGAAACAUCUCCAGAUGUUCUGAAGCUUCUGGUCCAGCAGAGUUUCAGUAUUUGUCUGGGACCACGUUUAAACUCACUGAACUCACCUGUUCAGGUAAACUUCCUCACUUUGCUCUGCUUUACCCACAAUCCUCAGCAGCUGAUCUUCAUCUGAUUUCAGCUGCUGAUAUCAACCAAUCAGCUGCUUCCUGCCGCAGUGCACUCUGGGAGUCGUAGUUCUGUCACCGCCACCGAGAACAAUCCAUAAAUCUGUUUCUUCCAUCGUUUUAAUCUCGUUUCAUUUAAUUUUUUUUAUUUUUUGUAUUUAAAACAGCUGAAAAAUGAAACUCAACUAAAACAUUUAAAUCUCUAACUUAUUUAUUUAAUUUAACUUUUUUCACAAGUUAUCCUUUUAAAUUUGAUCAUGAGUCUGAUGUUGGUACGAGAGAGCAGACCUCCUCAUCGAUCCUUUCAGGUUUUAAACUCCAGCCGCUGUUUUAUUCUCCUUUAUUAGACGCUGAGACUGUUAAAGGACCAGACUGUUUUUAUCAACCUGUUCGUCUUCAAUGUGCACUUUAACAGAUCCACGCCUGAAAACGGAAAAUAAACUCAGAUAAAUUCUGAUAUUUGAAGAAAAAGAUGAAGUAAAAUUCAACACAUUUUCUUUGCAUCCAAUCCUGUCUUAGAAUAUUCAGAUUUUCAUUUUUUAACUUCUGGUGAAUUUAAGUUUUUCUCUGAACAUUUUUGACGUUGUUGCUCUAAAACUGGCUGCAGACGAUUUACAAUCAGGUUAAAAAGCCAUAGUUCUGUCAGAAAUGGGAGAUAUUUUGAUGUUUUCGUCCCACAGAAACAGUUUGUGUCAGAAACACUAAUUCUGUUGAUUCUCUGAAAAUAAAAGCUGCCCUUUAAACAACA